AUGUCGACAAUAGAAGAGCGUAUGUCCAACAGCAUUGUGUACAAUCUACAGAUUUUAUCGUAUGUCAUCGAACCUAAUCCUCAGCUAGAAGAGUUCCUCACAGAUGGAUUGUUCAUGAAAACAAAUACACAGGCAUUCAUUCAAGUCACAUACUAUCUAUUCAACAUCCUGGAUCAAAAGGAAUUCAGAAAGAAAUUUUACUGGCCGAUUAUUGACAAGAAAAGUGAAAAUUCUUAUCGAACAUGCUCCGUAGAGUUUAUAAACAACCUCAUCGACAAAUACAGCCUUAAACAAGAGAAGAUUAAGCAUGUGUCAGUCGUGCAUCCAAGUGGAAAGAAAUUUAUGAGUCUCAUUCUGGAUCUCAUCAUUACAGCAAUAAAGGAAGUGAUGAAGCGCAAGAAUUACAGUACCGAUGUAUCGUUAGAUCUCGAAAAGGCAGAAGAAGUCGUCAGUACAAUGUGUGAGAUUGAAACGGAACUAGAAAGCAUCAUAAAGAUUGAAUUGAAGCCACUCAGAGAAAAAACAGUUGAAAUUCAAGAAUUAAUUAAUUCAAUUUAUCCAAUCGAUAGUCCGAUUCCAUUUGAGGAAUUUAUUACUAAUUGGAACUCAAUAAAUAAGCAAAGGCUUGCUAAAAUUAAGGAACAAAAGGCAAAGAUCAAGGAAAUUUAUAAAAGAGCCGAUUUAUUGCAGCAAAAAGGUCAUGAAAUGUUAAGGAACAAGGAGCACAAAAUCAUAAAGCCAACAGAUAAUGAGAUUAAGGAACUAGCUGAUUUCUAUCAAAAUAUUGAAUUGCCAAUAGAUAAAGAACUGAAUAUUGUUUCAUUGAUUCUACAUCUCGAAUCAUCGUUGUCUGUUAUACAAAACUACAUUCAGAACUUUUCGUACGAUGAAGUUGAGAUUAGUGACGAGGAAAUGAGGAUUGUAAAGCGGAAGCUUGAAGAAUUGAAGCAAUUUGAACCUUUAAUGCAGAAAUUAUCUGAAAAACAACAGCAGUUGAAAGAAAAAGUCAUGGAACGCGAUGUGGACGAAGAAGAUGUACAGGAUGAUGAGCUAUUCGAUGAAGCACAAGGGAAGGAAGUAAUGCGGACAAUUGCAUCCCCAAGGCUAUGUUUUGAAACAGCUAAAAGCAGCAUAAAUAAAGUUCUUAAAAUACACAAACUAGCUUUUGGUGAAAAUGAAGGAACUACUUCUAGUGCUGAUCACUCAAUGAUGCAAUCUAGACUUUAUCGUCCAUUAAGUGACACAAGCUUGAAUAGAAGUAAGGAAAUGGGACCGCCAAAAGCUAGGGAUUUACCUUCAAGACGUCGCAAACGAGAUCCAAUGGCAAUUUUAGACAAAGCAUUAGCACGGUCUAGGAGUAAGCAAGAUUUAAAUUCUACAGCCGUUAAUACAGGUGUCAAUCCUACAUUAGUAGCAUCAACUCCAUUUUCCAGCACCAUGCUGUCACCUGAUCUCAUUAAUCAUGCAAACUUCUCGAUGAUUUCUAAUAUUUCAACAGUCACACAAACUCCCCAUAUUCCUAAUAAAGGUAAUAACGUAUUUGCCCAAUUCAUGAAUGUUCAGCAAAAUGUUCAGUUCCAUGCAAUACCUAAGCCUGAUGUGCUGUUAAUGGACCAAAUUCCUUGGAAUGAUGAAAUUAAAAUGAAAAAUUUACAAAAAUCACCAAUUACUAAAGCUGAUCCAAUUGUGUCGCUGGAAGAAGCAUUUGGACGUAAAAUGACACUUGUUGAGAUUGAUCAGAAUGUCGCUGGUCCAUCAACAAUGCCAAAAAUAGCUGUAAAUGAUGAAACUUUAUGUGCUGGAAGUUCAAUGAAUGAAUUCUCGUCAUCCAGUGAUAUUACAGUCUGUGAAAAGGAGAAUUUUGGAAGUGAAUUAGAAACCUUUAUGUUUACAAAGCAGGCAUGCGAGGAAGACUUGUUUAAUGUCUCUGAUUCUAUUUUAGUCGAUGAUUAA